AUGAACCAAUCUAUCAUACGUCUUACUAGGGAGCUCAGCGAGAUCAAAAAGUCAAACGACCUAUCUAUCGCUGUGGCAUGUAAAGACUCGGAUGUCCGAAACGUCAAAGCCAUCAUCUUGGGACCUCCAGACACACCAUACGAGUUCGGCUUCUUCGAGUUUUCACUGAAAUUUGGUAGAGAUUACCCUGCAAAGGCCCCGGCAGUUAAUUCCUUAACAACAAAUUCUGGAAGGUGUCGAUUUAAUCCAAAUAUAUAUGCGGCGGGAAAGGUUUGCUUAACAUGGAGAGGAGAUCGUGGAGAGGAGUGGUCUUCGGCACAAGGGCUUGAAUCCAUUCUGAUCUCAAUCCAGAGCCUCAUGUCCUCUAACCCGUAUGAGAAUGAGCCCGGUUUUGAGAAUGCAAACCAAGACCACGAUAAAGAAAACAUGAAGGCGUAUUGUCUCAAAAUUCGUCACGAAACACUCCGUGUCUCUGUGAUAUCCAGGCUUGAAGAACAUCUUGGCAUCAAUCCAGACGGCACAAUUCAAUCCGUGCCUAGUCCAAUGGAACAGGACGCAUAUGACGAAGACUCUAGUAUAGUGGAUCUGGAAGCCCCCGCAGUGUUUGAGCCUUUCAAGGAUCUCUGUAAACGCCGCUUUCUUUGGUAUUAUGACUCUUAUGUUGCUUCCAUCGCCACAGAGCGCGAGAAGGUUACAGAGAAUCAAGUAUUCGCUAGGAUGCCGUUUGAGCACUCUGGAAACGCAAUGGAGGGGAAGUUCUUGUAUUCCGAACUGGAAAGAAGACUUAGACUUAUCAAAGAGCGGCUUGAAAAGGAGACUAAGGAUUGGGCGGAUGAAGGGUUGAUUCUGAAAGGCAAGGAAAGUGGUGUUGCGGCAAACUUGCAGAGGCAGUUUGAGCAGACAGUGGAACACUUCAAGAAAGAAACCUCCGUCACACUAGACGUUGAAUUGGUUAACGGCAAUCCGUUCCUUUGGCGAGUUACCUACUUUGGACGACCGAUGACGAACCUAGAUGGCGGUCUAUUCACUUUUGAAUUGGCAUUCAGUCCAAGGUUUCCAGAGGAACAGCCACGAGCAAGAUUUCUUACUCAUCUUUAUCACCACAGGAUCACAACCGAUGGUAUUCCGUGUUAUUCCCCCCGAAGAUAUGAUGAUGGGCGUCAUCACAUUGAUGCUAUCAUUCAUCUCAUGGAGGAAGAAAAUCCUCCCUACGAUCCACGUACGCAGGUCAACCAAGAAGCCUCAAAAUUAUAUUGGGGUUCUAAGGAGGAUAAAAAGGAAUAUAAUAAGAAACUCAGGAGGUAA